CACUCAUCUCGCGUUGGUCGUCUUCGGGAAAGGGAAGGACAAGGAUGUUCAACCUCUCGCUGAUCCACGACACGAUCCGCAUCCCGCCCUCGUCCUUCUCGCCCAACGCCUCGGAGUCUGUCAAGCCGAUCCAGCGGGCCAUCAAUGCAAAGUACGCCAACCGGAUCCUGCCCGAUGUCGGUCUUUGCGUGAGCCUGUUUGACCUCGUCAGCGUCGACGAGGGCCGCGUCAAGUGGGGCGACGGCUGCCUGUACCACCGUUGCGUCUUCCGACUUGUCGUAUUCCGGCCCUUUCCAGGCGAAGUGCUCGUCGGGCGAGUCAAGUCGUCAGACCCCGAGGGCCUGCGCCUCACCAUGGGCUUCUUCGACGACGUCUUUGUGCCCCGCGAGCACCUGCCCGAGCCGAGCGGCUACGACCACAGCGAGGCGCUCUGGUUCUGGCUCUGGGAACCCUCGGAUCCGCGCCUGUACGACGACCCGCUCGGCUCGAGCAAAGAGGACCGGCUGUACAUUGACACGGGCGCCGUCGUCCGCUUCCUCGUUGAGUCCGACUUGUUCGAGGAGCCCGAGCCGCCGGGCCCGGCCUCGUGGGGCGCAAAGGGCGCCGCGGCUGCUGCUGCUGCCGCCGCCAAGUCGUCGGCUGGCGCGAUCCCGGGCGAGGUGGGGCAGGUCAACAUGGCAGAGGAGCUAUCGUCGAACAAGGCCUCGCCCUACCGGAUAAAGGCCUCGAUCUCGGCACAAGGGUUCGGGCCCGUGGGCUGGUGGGCUGGUGCCCAGCAGGAGUAUACGGGCCAGGAAGAGCAGUAUGCGGGCGCCACAGAGCCGUGAGGGGUUGCUUGUCUUUGUUUCAAUGUAUUUGUAU